AGUUUAUAUUCUAUCAAACAGUCUACAAAUAUAUAGGGUUCAAUUCAAAAUUCUUCCUAAUUCCCCGUAUUUUCUUUUACAAAAUCAGAAGCAAUUGGUUAAUAUAUUAUAUCUUGGUGCAAACGGCACAAUCCCAUGCAGGUCAGCCCAUCUGUAUAGGUAGCUGACUGCCGAUUGGAAGGAAGAGGUUGCCCGCGGCACUGGCAUUCGUACCGUGUGGAACCUCUACUAUACCAUCAUCAUUGCCAUGCAUGCAUGCAUACAUUGCUCACCGGUCGGGCAUUGAGGCGAUCAACUAUUUUGCUUUCGAAUUUUCCAUCGUGUUUUUUUUUUAAUUUUCACAACGCGGUCUUCAAUUUCACUAGUUCCUUCGAACAGUUGUAAAAAGAAAGAUAGAUGACAGUGUCCUGGAAUUAUUGAAGAUUACUUGGAUUACUUUGAUAAAUCAGUGAUAUGUAUUUUUGAAUACCAACUUCAUGAUGAGGCACAACUCGAUUAUCUUGAUAUUUUUUACUGUAUUCCUAUCGAAGACGAUCGGCCUCGCCGAAGAUUUGUUGGACCAAUAUGUGAAACACGUCGAAAAAGUCAACAGAAUAUCGUACAAUGGCGGCGAAUCGAAUGAAUUCCCCAAGCCCUCUCACGAAUACAACCACCCGAAAGGACGACACUUAACGAGAAAUCUAAAAGUUGCCGUGGAGGAAUUUGAAGAAAAUAGCAUUUCUUCGGUAGAUCCUUUGAAAGUGUUUCCCGAUUUGGACAGUAUUCGGGAACGCAGAGACGCGUCCAGCGAUAUUUUGUGGACCCAUUCGGAGGUUUUGGACGACGAAGGACGAGUCGUCCUCAGGUGGCAACCGAGGCAUCAGGAAAUUCUGUUUCGAGUCGAGGCUAGGACGAGGGGGUACGUGGGGCUGGGCUUCAGCCCCGAUGGGAAAAUGGAAAAAUCGGACAUUAUACUCACCUGGGUGGACGAUAGACUGAAUCAACCCUUUUUGAUGGACUGCCAUGGCGUUCCAAAGAGGCAAGGCAGCGCACCUGUUAAAGACGAAAUGGAUAAUUACACGUUGAUGAGAGGGAUCCAAAAUGACACCCAUACCAUUAUCGAGUUUAGGAGAGCCUACGACACCUGCGAUCCGGAUGAUUACGUUUUAUCGAUAUGGGCGCUCCAUGACAAUGAUCCACCUCACGGAGCAGAGAUGGUCUACCAUGAAGAGAACAGAGGGUCUCAGAGCAUACAUUUACUGGGACCCCCUCCGGUGAUGAGAAUGCCCGUUGGCCAUUCCAGUCAAUGGAACGUCUUGUUUGAAAACCUAAAUGUUCCCAACGAGAUGACCACCAUGUACUGGUGCAAGAUAUUCAAAGCUCCGACGCUGAACAACAAGCAUCACAUUGUCGGCUUCGAGCCACUCAUCGGUCGAAACCACUCCGGUAUGGUGCACCACAUGAUCAUGCACGAAUGCGAUCUGGACGACUCCGACGACGUAGCGGUUUGGGACGCUUUCUCCAAAGAGGGAGGGAGACUGUGCUACGCCAACAUGCCUCCCUUGUGGGACAAGUGUCUGACGCCGCUGGUCGCUUGGGCGGUAGGAUCUAAAGGUGAAAAUUUUCCAAAUCACAUCGGUCUUCCUCUGGCGGAUAAGAAGAAUUCUUUUUAUAUGCUCGAAGUACAUUUCGACAAUCCUACUAUGAGAAGCGCCUCUGAUACAUCUGGCCUGCGACUGCACUACACCAGCGAGCUUCGACAGCACGAGGGCGGGAUCCUUAUUACGGGAGUGGCUCCAUCGACGCUGCACUUCGUUCCUCCCCAUCAGCCUGAAUACAAAACCGCUGGCUACUGCAGUGUGGACUGCACCAAAGAGGUGAUUCCAAAAGAUGGCAUCAAUGUAGUAUCCGUCAUGUUGCAUUCUCAUUCAGCUGCUAGAAAAUUGAAGCUGCGUCACAUCAGGGCUAUGAAAGAAUUGUCGCCUUUAGCUGAGGACAAUCAUUACGAUUUCAACUACCAACAGUCCCGCCGCUUAUCUCAGGAUACCCUAAUUCUUCCCGGCGAUGGUCUGAUCACGGAGUGCACCUACUCCACUCUGGGAAGGGACAAACCUACCCUAGGCGGAUAUUCCACCAAAGAUGAGAUGUGUCUUGCUUUUGUAUUGCACUAUCCCAGGACACAGCUCUCGGGAUGUUAUUCCAUCCCUCCUGUUAAAUAUUUCUUCGAAACACUCGGCAUAAGGGAGUUUUAUGGAAAGGAUAUGGUCAAUAUCGAGAAGGAUUUGCUUGAGGGAAAAAGAGAACCUGAACCUUUGCCAACUACCACUUCUAAACCGUUCAUUAUCAAACCCGGAGAUGAAAAUUCAGAAGAAGCCAACCAAAGAGCGAUUAUUGCUUUGAAAAAUGCUAAAGAGUACAGCAUAGAUGGCGAAUCCAGCGAGAGACACGUGUUUGAUAAGCUAGUCAUCAAAGAGCCCGCCGAAUUCAAAAAUUUAACUUUCACAGAACACUUGCACAACAUGCCUUACAAUGAGACCGUCUUCACUAAAAAGAUGGAAGAGUACUUUUACAAGGGUCUGCAUUUGACCUUUUGCAGGAAAAGAGAUGAUAGUUUGAUCAUUAAGGAAGAUAUUGUCAAACUGCCGGAAUUUCAAGAGUUUCAGCACAGGGAGAAUAUUCAGUGCAGUCACCGAACGAAAUCAACAGUCUUUGCUGCAACAUUAGAUUCCAAUUCAACUGGAUCGAGGGUAUAUCCAUAUCAGCUGUUUCAUUGCUUACUUCUCAUUUCUAUCAUCGUAUUGAAAGUGAUGGUUUCAUGAUGCACUUUCAUAUUAGUUGAACAGUUAACUAUAUGAGUUUUCUUGAAUUCUAAUUUCCAUGAGUUUAUAACAGAAAUUUCAAAAAUAUUCUGAUGAUCAAUUCCCAACAAGGAAAUAUUUUAAAGGGUGCAAACGUUAAUCCUUUCGAUCAUUAUUUCUGCAACGAAUAUUUUUGCACUUUUUGCAAUAUAACAAAAAUAAAGACUCCAACCAUCAUCUGAUAUUCCUCAUGUUGUUCUAGUUCAUUAUUGCAUUUUUACUGCUUAAUAUUGCCCUUCAUACUUGCGCGAUCAUAAAGACGAAAAAUGUGACUAAAUUAUUAAUAGAUUUUAUUGAAUAAAUUGCAAAAUUUGAAAUUGAAGUUGAGCUGCAAUAUUUUUUUGUCAAUUAGUUUGUAAUUUGUCAUAUUCUCUGUCUCAAUUUCUUACGGUAGUAACUUUCCUGUUGUUUUCUAUGCUUUGUUUGCAAUUUCUUCAGGAAAUCCGUGUUUUUGCACCGUUACUCUUGAAGUUUGAUUGGAACAAAUUUUUCUCAACAAAUAAAUACAAAAUUUUCGGAAUAACAAUUGUGGCCCAAUGAAAUGAAAAUGUUAAAAUCAAAAUUAUUUUUCAAUUUUAUAUAAAUAUUUACAUGUGAAUGCAAUAACGGACUAAAGGACAUAGAAGUCGACCAUAAACAUCUGCUUAAUACUCUUGAUAAAUUAAUAACGAUUGAUGGAUUCGAAUUUGUUUUAUGUAUAUGCGAACACUUAUUGUUGAAAAAUACCUCUCCGCCAACUUUUAUUUAUUUAUUGUUUUUUAUUUAUAUGAAAUCCACCUGUAUAUAUCUAAGUCAUUGUUGUACAUUUUACCAAAUAGUUAGUAUGUAAGGAAUAAAUCUAAAAAGUGCUGUGAAAUCUGAAUGUAUCCUUUUUUGUGUCUUAGUGUCUCCUUGUAUAUAUGAUUUUAAUAAAACUUUAUAAUUUUGGAUUGAAAA